AUGGAUUCAGUUAAAUCCUCGUAUUCAAUCGACGAUUCCAAACAGCGAAGUUUCGGCACGAUUCUUCGGCAUUUUUUUUUGAAAAUUUUAAACUUAUCCAAAAAGAAAACUAAAACGGAUAUUGAAUGUGAAAUGAACGAACCAAUUAUUGAAAAUAGUAAAAGAAUAUUGUCUGUUGAUGAAACUGUACCUUUAUCUUAUGAGUCUCUCAAACAAAGUAUUUUGAAUGAGAUCAGAAAAGUUGGGAAGCAAGAAUUAAAUGUGGUUUUGUUGUGGUGCGCUUUUUUGGAAAAAGUUGACUUACUAGAGGAGUUAAUUCAUCUUGGAGCAAAUAUAAGCUAUUCAGAAAACACCUACGGUCUUAACAGUCUUCACAUAGCAGCUUUCACAGGUUGCAUUCAAACUACCAAAAUCCUUAUCAAAAAUUGCAAAGAUAUUGACGUCAUCAACAAAUGGUACAGCCCUUUGCAUUGCGCAACCCUUGCUGGAAAAGUGGAAACAGCCAAAUUACUAUUGGAUAAUGGAGCCAGAUUGGAUUCAUUGACCCAGGGCCCUGAGUAUGAAACCCCAUUAUUUAUAGCAGUUAAAAUCAAUGCUAUUGAUUGCGUUCGAUUAUUUAUUGAAAGAGGUGCCCAAAUCUUUCAAGAAGGAGCAUUGUCACCGCUAUUUUUAGCUGCAGAAUUGGGAUACGCAGAAUGUUUAAAAUUAAUUUUAGAAAACAAAUCAACUAACUGUCACGAUUUGAAGAAAUCCGAUAAUGGUAAUACCGCUCUGCAUAUUGCCGCAGAAGCAGGUCACUCUGAAUGUAUCGAAUUGUUAUUGGCAAAUGGAGCUGAUCCAGAUUCCAGAAAUUCUAAAGAUCAGACUGCGUUGCAUUUGGCUGUCAAAGCAAAUUCGUAUACUUCAGUGAUUGCUUUGAUUAAAAAUGGCAAAGCCAAUCCGAAUCUUGAGGAUUGUAAUCAGAGGACUCCGUUGCAUGUAGCUGUCGAAUUGAUUGCUGAUAGUAGGAAGGAUGUUGUUAAGGCAUUGAUAGGAAAUGGUUCUAACUUAAACGCUCAAGAUUCUUACGGAUUCACGCCACUGCACGUAGCAGCCCUAAAUGAACUGACAGACUGCGUCAGCAUUUUAAUCCUCCACGGAGCUGAUUGCUCUAUAAAAUCAAAAUCUGGCAUAACCGCCUUUUCUUUGAUAGCCAAAAAAACACCCUCGGCAAUGGAAACUAUCAAAGACAAAUUGUCCGAGUUUAUAAUAUUGAAGUACGAUAAACAGGCUCUAAAUGAGAUUGAAAUGAUUUUUGAUUUUAAACGAGGCCUGCAUCAUCCUAAGGAGUAUUCUAUAUUGAAUGCGUAUAUCGAUGCUGGGCAUAAAGAAAUGCUUUUGCACCCUUUUGUGAUGGCCUUUUUGUACGUAGCUUGGAAUAGAAUUAAGCGAUGCUAUUAUGGAAUGAUUUUUAAUUCAUUAAUGUUUAGUUUGAGCUUGUUGUUUUACGUUUUGACUUCUUUGGCUUUUGAUUGCGAUAGAAAAUUCGCAAACAAGUCAAACAUCCAUUGCGGUAAUCGUUCUUAUUUGAAUAAGUUUUUAAAAAAUAGUCCUGUGACGUUGGAAAUUCAAUGGUACAUUCUUAUAUUUGCUACGUUGAAUUUGGCUUAUGGGAAAAUUUAUAGUUUUAAUGGUUAUCCUACAUUGAAACACUAUUGCCUUAAUGUAAGUAAUAUUCUAGAAUGGAAUGGUAUACUUUACGUAUUUGUUUUGUCUUGUAUGUAUACAGGGAAAGUUGAAAACUGGCAAGUUAAUAUAGGAGCUUUUGCUAUUAUGUGCACUUGGACUAAUAUAAUGUUUGAAAUAGGCCAAUUGCCAGCUUUUGGGCCAUACGUUGAAAUGUUUGAAAAAGUCAAAAGCGAAUUUCAAAAACUACUUUUAGUGUUUUUUCCGUUUCUUAUAGGUUACUCAAUAGCGUUUUGUAUACUAUUUCCCAAUUCUCCAGCAUUUUAUAAUCCAUUUAUUGGCUUUAUAUCAUCCUUAGUUAUGAUGACUGGAGAAAUGAAUUAUGAAAUUUUACUGGAAUAUUCUACAGAAGAAAACUCUGGAGAUUUUACUAAAAUUUGCGCAGGAGUCGCUUACACUUGCUUCCUAUUUUUCAUUACCAUAAUUUUAAUGAAUUUACUUGUAGGUAUUGCAGUGCACGAUAUCCAAGGCCUGCAAAAGAACGCAGAUUUGGCCAGAUAUUGUAGAUUUGCUAAACUGUGCUCUUACAUAGAAAUGUCCCAUUUUAAUCGUAAAAGCUUUGCUAAAUUAAUUAUGAUCGUGUUAUUGAGAAUAGUACCAAAACCUUAUAUGCCAAUCCUAAAAGUGAAACCUUUGGAACCUGAUGAUACACCAUUUUUGAAAGAAAUUGUUCAAGCUGCUUACGAUUUGGCUAAAAAAAGGGAAGCAAACAAAAAGGAGGUUUUUUCGAGGACUAGAAGUGAAGGAGAUCAUUGGAGACGUUUGAUAAACAAUAAACAUCAGUCCACUGAUUUAAAAUGGACUGCCACUUUAACACAGUUAGUGCAAAAGUUGGAUAAUACCAAUAAGCAAAUUCAAAAUUUGUUUGAAGAAGUUGCUGAUCUGAGAAAGGCUGUAACUCCUAUUAAAACUUAA